AGGGCAAAGGUCAGCGGGAGAAGCUGGAGCUGGUGGCCUCCUUCUCCUUCUUUGGCAACGUGAUGUCCAUGGCCAGCGUGCAGCUGGCUGGGGCCAAGAGGGACGCGCUGCUGCUCAGCUUCAAGGAUGCCAAGCUGUCCGUGGUGGAGUACGACCCCGGCACCCACGACCUCAAGACUCUCCUGCACUACUUCGAGGAGCCGGAGCUCAGGGAUGGCUUUGUUCAGAACGUGCACACCCCUCGGGUGCGGGUGGACCCCGACGGCCGCUGUGCGGUGAUGCUGAUCUAUGGCACGCGCCUGGUGGUGCUGCCCUUCCGCAGGGACUCGCUGGCUGAUGAGCACGAGGGGCUGGUGGGAGAGGGGCAGAAGUCGAGUUUCCUGCCCAGCUACAUCAUCGACGUGCGGGAGCUGGACGAGAAACUGCUCAACAUCAUCGACAUGCAGUUCUUGCAUGGCUACUAUGAACCCACCCUGCUCAUCCUCUUCGAGCCCAACCAGACCUGGCCCGGGAGGGUGGCAGUGCGGCAGGACACGUGCAGCAUCGUGGCCAUCUCGCUGAACAUCCUGCAGCGCGUGCACCCCGUGAUCUGGUCCCUGAGCUCGCUGCCCUUCGACUGCACCCAGGCACUGCCCGUGCCCAAACCCAUCGGGGGUGUUGUGAUCUUCGCUGUGAACUCUCUGCUGUACCUGAACCAGAGCGUGCCCCCGUACGGGGUGGCCCUCAACAGCCUCACCUGCGGCACCACCGUCUUCCCUCUGCGGAUCCAGGAGGGCGUGAGGAUGACUCUGGACUGUGCCCAGGCCACCUUCAUCUCCUAUGACAAGAUGGUCAUCUCGCUCAAGGGGGGGGAGAUCUAUGUGCUGACGCUGAUCACGGACGGGAUGCGCUCCGUGCGCUCCUUCCACUUCGACAAAGCGGCCGCCUCUGUCCUCACCACCUGUAUGGUCCCUCUGGAGCCCGGGUAUCUCUUCCUGGGGUCCCGCCUGGGGAAUUCCCUCCUGCUCAGGUACACGGAGAAGCUGCAGGAGCCCCCGGCCGGGGCGGGCAAGGAGGGGCCUGACAGACAGGAGCCGCCGGUGAAGAAGAAACGCUCGGAGCCAUCGGGGCCAUGGGCAGGGGGGAAGCCGCAGGCUCAGGACGAGGUGGAUGAGAUCGAGGUGUACGGCAGCGAGGCGGCCUCGGGGACACAGCUGGCCACCUACUCCUUUGAGGUGUGUGACAGCAUCCUCAACAUCGGGCCCUGCGCCAACGCCGCCAUGGGCGAGCCGGCCUUCCUGUCCGAGGAGUUCCAGAACAGCCCCGAGCCCGACCUGGAGAUCGUCCUGUGCUCGGGGUACGGCAAGAACGGGGCCCUGACCGUGCUGCAGCGCAGCAUCCGGCCGCAGGUUGUCACCACCUUUGAGCUGCCCGGCUGUUACGACAUGUGGACGGUCACCGCACCCCCGCCCCGGGAACAGCCCGAGGUGGCCCCGGGGACCAGCGCAGAGCCCGAGGCGGCGACGGCGGCUCCGGAAACUUCUGAGGAGGACGGGGAACGUCACGGGUUCCUGAUCCUGAGCCGCGAGGACUCCACCAUGAUCCUGCAGACGGGCCAGGAGAUCCUGGAGCUGGACACGAGCGGCUUCGCCACGCAGGGCCCGACCGUGUUCGCUGGGAACCUGGGCCAGGGCCAGUUCAUCGUGCAGGUGUCACCGCUGGGGCUGCGGCUGCUGCAGGGCGUGACCCAGCUGCACUUUGUCCCCGUGGACCUGGGCUCCCCCAUCGUUCACUGCGCCGUGGCCGAUCCCUUUGGGGUCCUGCUCAGCGCCGACGGCCACCUGGCCACCUUCACCCUCAAGGGGGACACCUACGGCGGCCGCGCCCCGCGCCUGGCCCUGCUGCGGCCACCUGUGUCACACCCGUCCCGUGUGACCGCUCUGUGCCUGUACCGGGACCUUUCCGGAAUGUUCACCACCGAGAGCCGCGCCCCCCGCGAGGAGCCCCCACCCCGCCCCCACGCCGAGGCCGAGACCCUCAUCCAGGACCUCAGUGGCUCCGUUGAUGAUGAGGAGGAGAUGCUCUAUGGGGACUCGGGGGGCUCCGGCCGUUCCCCACCCCGGGAAGAGCCGCGGAGGGCGGGGCCACCGGAGAGAGACCCCGCCCCCCUGAGCCCUGACCCCUCCCACUGGUGCGUGCUGGCCCGGGAGAACGGCAACAUGGAGAUUUACCAGGUCCCCGAGUGGCGCCUGGUGUUCCUGGUGAAGAAUUUCCCCGUGGGCCAGCGCGUCCUGGUGGAUUCGUCCUUCGGGCAGCCCCCGGCCGAGCCCCGCAAGGACGAGAGGGGCGAGAGGGAACUGCCCCACGUCAGGGAGCUGCUGCUGGUGGGGCUGGGCCGCGCCCAGAGCCGCCCCUUCCUGCUGGUGCACGUGGAGCAGGAGCUGCUCCUGUACGAGGCCUUUGCCCACGACUCCCAGCUGGGCCAGAGCAACCUCAAGGUUCGGUUCCGCAAGGUGCCCCACGGGAUCAAUUUCCGGGAGAAGAAGCCGAAGCCGUCGCGGAAGAAGCCGGAGGGGCCGGGGGCGGCUCCCGGGGGGGCUCCGGGCGGGACCCCCGAGGAACCGGGGGGGCCCCGGGGCCGCGUGGCGCGGUUCAGGCCCUUCCAGGACAUCUACGGCUACUCGGGGGUGUUCAUCUGUGGCCCCUCCCCGCACUGGGUGCUGCUGACGGGCCGGGGCGCUCUGCGCCUGCACCCCAUGGGCAUCGACGGCCCCGUGGAAUCCUUCGCACCUUUCCACAACGUCAACUGCCCCAAGGGCUUCCUGUACUUCAACCGCCAGGGUGAGCUGAGGAUCAGUGUCCUCCCUGCGUACCUGUCCUACGACGCUCCCUGGCCCGUGCGGAAGAUCCCCCUGCGCUGCACCGCGCACUACGUGGCCUACCACGUGGAGUCCAAGGUGUACGCGGUGGCCACCAGCUCCCCCCACCCCUGCACACGCAUCCCGCGCAUGACGGGCGAGGAGAAGGAGUUCGAGAGCAUCGAGAGAGACGAGCGCUACGUCCCCCCCCAGCAGGAGGCGUUCAGCAUCCAGCUCAUCUCACCUGUCAGCUGGGAGGCCAUCCCCAACACCAGGAUCGCGCUGGAGGAGUGGGAGCACGUCACCUGCAUGAAGACGGUGUCGCUGCGCUCCGAGGAGACGGUGUCGGGCCUCAAGGGCUACGUGGCCGUGGGCACCUGCCUGAUGCAGGGCGAGGAGGUCACCUGCCGGGGCAGGAUCCUGAUCCUGGACGUCAUUGAGGUGGUGCCGGAGCCGGGGCAGCCGCUGACCAAGAACAAGUUCAAGGUGCUCUACGAGAAGGAGCAGAAGGGACCCGUGACCGCCCUGUGCCACUGCCACGGAUACCUGGUGUCUGCCAUCGGGCAAAAGAUCUUCCUGUGGAGCCUGAAGGACAACGAGCUGACGGGCAUGGCGUUCAUCGACACGCAGCUCUACAUCCACCAGAUGAUCAGCGUCAAGAGCUUCAUCCUGGCCGCCGACCUCAUGAAGAGCAUCUCGCUGCUGCGCUACCAGGAGGAGAGCAAGACCCUGUCCCUCGUCAGCCGGGACGCCAAGCCGCUGGAGGUCUACAGCGUGGACUUCAUGGUGGACGGCACCCAGCUGGGAUUCCUGGUGUCGGACCGCGACCGGAACCUGCUGGUGUACAUGUACCUGCCUGAAGCCAAGGAGUCCUUCGGGGGGCUGCGGCUGCUGCGCCGCGCCGACUUCCACGUGGGGGCGCACGUCAACACCUUCUGGCGCACGCCGUGCCGCGGGCACGCCGAGGGACCCAACCGGCGCAGCAGCACCUGGGAGAACAAACACAUCACCUGGUUCGCGACGCUGGACGGGGGCCUGGGGCUGCUGCUGCCCAUGCAGGAGAAAACCUACAGGAGAUUGCUGAUGCUGCAGAACGCGCUGAGCUCCGCCCUGCCGCACCUGGCCGGCCUCAACCCCCGGGCAUUCAGGCUGCUGCAGUCGGAGCGGCGGCUGCUGCAGAACGCGGUGAGGAACGUGCUGGACGGGGAGCUGCUGGGCAGGUACCUGUACCUGAGCGCCAUGGAGAGGGCGGAGCUGGCCAAGAAAAUCGGCACCACACCUGAGAUCAUCCUGGACGACCUCCUGGAGAUCGACCGAGUCACCGCCCACUUCUGAGGGACCCAAAAUACCCCCAAAAUACCCCAAAAUACCCAAAAAUCACCCAAAAAAUA